AUGGCAGUCCAAUCAAUCAUCUCCCGUCAAACCCUACCCGCUACUCAAAGAGCUCUCAAAGUCCAAGGCGCAGGAACAGUCACUCUCCAAGAGAACAGUCCCAUCGAGCCCCCAAAGGAAGAUGAAGUCCUCGUCAGAAUCUGCUGUGUCGGCGUCAAUCCCCAUGACUGGAAAUCCCUAGACAUGUCACCAUCCGCCGGCGCAACGUGGGGCUGCGAUUUCGCUGGUGAAGUCGUCACUGCAGGACCUCUGACAAACAAAUUCAAGCCAGGUGAUCGUGUUGGCGGUGCUUGUGCUGGUAAUCGGUCUGAUAAUCCGAAUAAUGGUGGUUUUGCAGAGUAUGUCAGUGUUCCGGAGAUGUUGUUGCUCAGACUUCCGGACUGGAUGAGCUUUGAGCAGGGUGCGACAUUGGGUGUUGGCUUGUUGACUGUUGGUUUGUCGCUGUAUCACACAAUGAAACUUCCCCUUCCUUACUCAGGUGAAGUGAGGGACCAGUAUAUCCUGAUUUACGGUGGUGGAACGGCUACUGGGGGUUUGGCAAUUCAAGCCGCCAAGCUAUCUGGCUUGAAGCCCAUCACAACCUGUUCUCCAGGAAAGUUCGAGCACGUCAAGUCUCUAGGCGCCGUAGAAGCCUUCGACUACCGCUCUCCAUCCUGCGCGUCAGACAUCCGCACCUUCACACAUGACAGUCUAGAGUACGUUCUUGACUGCAUCACCGAAAGCAGCAGCAUGAAAAUCUGCUACGCUGCCAUUGGAAGCCACGGCGGUAACUACAUCGGUCUAGACCAAUUCCCCAUUCGUGGACAUACGCGUCGCGACGUUCGUCCAGGCUGGGUUCUCGCGUGGACAGCGCUAGGUAAACCUGUUGAUUGGAGAAAGCCAUAUCGUCGAGAAGCAAGACCCAAGGAUAAGGCGUUUGCGGAGAGAUGGGCGCCUAUUGCACAGAAGCUACUGGAUUCUAAGGAUAUUGUGACACAUCCUACUGAGGUUAGUGAUGAGGGGUUGGCGGGUGUCGCAAAGGGAGCCGAGAGGGUGAAGAUGGGAACUGCUGGUGGCAAGAAGCUGAUAUACCGUGUUGCUGCACCCUCGACAUCUUAA